GUAUAUUUUAAGUUUUAGCGCGCUCUCGACAAAUGCACUUCUGUUAACUAUUUUAGAAAUUCAUUCAAUGAAAGCCACAAAUUUGGUUGACGUCACGAAAAUCAUAUUCAAGCGCGUGAAAAAGUCGCGUAUAGAAAAUUGUUUCUUUUCUAUCUCUACCUAUACAAUGACUGGUUCAUAUGACUCUAAAAAGAUAAUACACGGCUGUAUUCAAUAUGCAAUACGAAACACCUUGACUAAAAAAAAACCUUGCAUGACUUAUGCUUAUUCAAGAGUCGUGUCAUUUAAAGCAAUUGAGGGCAUGAUGGGUUCAGCCUUUGCAGUAGAAAGCUUUGAGAUACUAUCCGAGUUCCCCAGUCUCCAUGACUUCUUUCUGAUAGCCAAGCAAAAAAUAGAACCAGAGCAAUACAUCGAGGACUUUGAUGGCUGGUAUUUUGAUAUCAUGAAUUUAUUGGAAUACAAUGCGAAUGUCAGAGCCUUUCAGCCUAUCUGGGACUCUGUUUUACAAAAAGCGGGAAUCAAAGACCCAGAAAACGAUUAUUUGUUUGUUGUCUAUCGUGCGGAUGAUGCAGUAAAGCUAAGGGAUUUUGAUCUGGAAGAAAACUACGCGUCUAUUCCACUUGUUUCGUUGGAUGAAGCAUACAGUGACGAAGAAGACGCCAAGGAACUUGAUCACAAAACUAGUCAGACACCAUGCAACAAUCAAUCCAUGACCAUCAAAAAGAUUAAAGAAGAAAAACUUGUUCAUCACCCAGAUUCUGAUUUCGACUAUGAUGAAGAAGUAGUGAAAGAUAAAGUAACUAUUGAACUUGUCCAUACCAAACAAGUAGAAAAAAGACAAGAAGAAUCUAAUGAAGAACCAAAAGAAGAGGUAGAUCAGACAACACUAGAAGCCCACAAAGAAAGCCCGCAAGAACCCAUUCUGGUGAAUAAAAAAUAUAUGCUGGAUCAAGAAUUGAUUAACUUAAACAAACAACAUGCCAUGUCAAGAGAAUCAUUCUUGGCUAGGGCUUCUAUAGUUGAUAGAUUGAACCAUUUGAUUAACGUUGUUUGGGGACAAAAAGGUCUCUAUGUCUCUACUUUUGGAUCUUCACUCAGUGGGUUAGGCACAGAUAAAGCAGAUGUCGAUCUAUGCAUUGUAGUUCCAUACUGUUCUAAUCAUACUGAAUACGAAAUGCAACUCUUGAGAUUACUGCCAAAUUCAGUAUUUAACAUGAACUCUGUAGCAACUUACUUGGCUGGAACAGGCAUGGUGAAUAUUGAACCUAUCAACAAUGCCUUUGUGCCUAUCUGUAAAUUUACUGAUCCUGUUACUGGACUACACUGCGACAUAAACACAAACAGCACACUAGGCAUACACAACACGAAACUGAUCAUGCAAUACAUGAAAUUAGAUGUUCGAAUCCGACCUUUUCUGUUUGCACUGAAAUAUUUUGUUGAAUCUCAAGACAUCAAUUAUACAAGAGGUGGAACAAUGUCUAGUUAUGCCUAUCACUUAUUGGCAUUGCACUAUCUGAUGAAUGUACAACAUCCACCUGUGAUUCCCAACUUACAACACCUCACUGGUGCCACUUGUGAGAGCAAACGCUGUCUAUACAAAAAGAACAUAAGCUUAGUAGAAGGAUGUGAUGUACGCUAUCAUGACUGUGUGGUGAUCAACAAUACAGAAGCAGAAGACCUUGCCAUUACAUACGAAUUAGAUGAAUACUCAACGUUAUGGCCAUCAAAUAACACAAAAGGGGUUGGUACUUUGUUGGUUGAAUUCUUUGAACAUUACUCGAAUCGUGACAACUUGUUCAAGACAAUGUCUAUAUCACCACCUAUUGAACACCUUCAAAUGCAACAGAAAUGGGAAAAUAAUCUGAUUGUCUUGCCUGACCCAUUUAUCAGGUCUCGAAAUGUGUGUAAAACUGUGACUCUUGUUGGAGGCAAUACUAUUUGCAAAGAAUUCAAACGUGCUUAUGAUAUGUUAAAGGAAGGCAAGAGCUUCAGUCAAGUUGCCCAGUCUAAAGAUACCACUUCCAGACCAGUGGAUAAGCAAUGCCUAGACUAUAAGUUUGGCAGAAAAGACCUUCGUCAUAUACAACGCUAUAGACCAAGUGUAAUUUAUUAAUAUUCCUUAAAAGAUGGAUAUUUAAGGAGCAUUUGAACAUAGUCAUUAGGAU